GCGUUACAAGUGCGACGCUCGUGGUGUUUACGUUCAUCGGCUCCAGAGAUACACAAUGAAACGUUCAAAACAUGGGGAGGCAGAUUCCUACAGGAAGCAGCUGAAGGCAGAUUGUGAGUCGCUGCUCGGCAACUUCCAGAAAACUGAGUCCGUCCGAUUUCAGGUUUUCUCACAAAUCUGGAAGGAAAUGAACUUCACACACAUUUUCUACGGCGCCGUGAAGCACGAGCAGCGAGCGUUCAGCCGCCGGGUUCUGGAUCACGCCUACCGCUACUUCCUGCCGCCGUUCAGCUUCCAGAUCCGGGUGGGGGGGCUGUACCUGCUGUACAGUUUGUAUCAGUGUCAGGCCGCCUCGCCGCCGGAGCAGAUCCGCGUGGCGCUGACGGACUGGGACCAGGUGAUGAAGUUUGAGAAGGACGCCGCGGACGCUCAGCACCUCGACGCCGUCUACAUCCUCCGACAGCUGAUGUUCCUCAAAGCGUUCCACUUCACCGCCAUGCCGACGCCGCUCGCCUACAGGAAGAAGAGGAAGAUGGAGAAGUCGGACUUGUGCGAGGAGUUCGUUGAGCGAGCGUGUCGACCGCAGGAGCUGAUCAACGGCGAGCUGCUGGAGGAGUUGUCCAACAUCCACGAGCUCUACGAGAAGAUGAAGACGUCCGUCUCUUUGCCGUCGGAAACGUCCGUCAACCUGAUCCACAGAAGCUUCGUCCCUCAGCUGCGCGGCUCGGUCCUGGAUUUCCACAAGUGGCAGCAGAACCGGGAUGCGACCGACCAGGAGGACGACUGUGGGGAGGGAACCUCGUCUCAGCAGGAGUGCUCCAACAGAGCCGGCCUCAUCGCCUCCAUCAAAUCGAAAGCUUACGGAGAGGCAGCCGAGGCGUCCAAGUCCCGGCGCCACCGGCAGGUGGAAGUGGAUCCGACCAGCAACGAGUCCGGCCCCUCCAACGCACAGGGUCACUCCAAGAAUCAUAAACCGUCACUCAAAACCAGAACCAAGGAGAAAUUCCACAUCACAGGUGACCUGUGGAGCGCCGCCUCGUCGACCACUACGAUCACUCAUCUCUCCAGUCUGGACCCGGUCGCUGCAGAAAACAAAAACAGUUUAAAAGAUUCCCGUUGAAAUGAGUCCGACGCAGAAUCGACCGGAGACACGGAACAGAGAUUUUAUUUGAGAACACACUUGAAAAUGAUUGUACAUUUUAAUGUAUUUUAGUUUUUCCUUUUUAAUGUUUUUUUAAUUACACACAAAUUGGUCUGAGAGAGAAAAACUACUCAUGUUGCAGAAAGUGAAGAAAAUAAGAACAGAAAUGUCCCAAGUUCGUUUUGAAAAUCAAAAGAUAUGUGGAAAAUACACUGUUCAUGUUCAGACCAGUUUUAUUUUUGGUGUCAAAAAGUUUUAUUACAUUUUAGUGUUGUAUAAAAUAAUAUUUCUAACAGCA